AUGGAUAUUCGAAAGUACUUUAAUGCACCUGGUGGUGCUUCUAACACAAAGAAACACGCGAAGAAGACUUCAAAAUCUGAUUCUAAUCUCGAUCAAAGUGAAAAUGUUCCCGAGGAACCAAGAACGGAUCCUGUUAAAUCUAAAUCGUCUAAGAGAGUGAAGGAAGAUGAUUCUUAUUCAGAGGCUCCCAAAAAAAAGCAGCCGAAAACUGAUUCUCCCGCACCAGAAUCCAAAGAAAAAGAAAUACCUGAAGGCGCAGAAAAUUGCUUAUUAGGAAAAACAUUUGUCUUUACUGGUGAUUUGGAAUCUCUUUCUAGAGAGGACGCUCAGGACCUUGUUAAACGUUAUGGAGGAAAAGUCACCCUACUGCCAAGUUCACGUACAACUUAUGUUGUUGUUGGUGACAACCCCGGUCCAAAGAAACUAGAAAAGAUCAAACAGCAUAAUAUUCCGACUCUAACCGAAGAUGAAUUAUUAGACCUCAUAAGAAACGCUCCUGCACAGCAAUCUGAACCCUCUCAACCAAGUUCUACGAAAGGAAAAUCACGUGCUUCAGAUGUCAUGGAAGUUUCCGAACCAAUACCCGUUACUUCCAGUACUUCUAGCACAGAAAUUCUAUAUCAAUUAUGGUCUGACAAAUAUAAGCCAAAAAGCCUCAAAGAGGUGUGCGGUAAUAAAUCUGCCGUUGAAAAUCUUCAAAAAUGGCUUAAGGCUUGGGAAUCGAAUCUAAAAAAUGGCUUCAAUUUUAAUUCAAGCUUUCCAGCUGUUCUAAUAUCUGGUCCUCCAGGAAUUGGCAAGACUACAGCUGCACAUUUAGUUGGUAAACUUGAAGGUUAUGAUGUGAAGGAAUUUAACGCUAGUGAUACUCGCAGUAAAAAAGCGCUGGAAAUGGCUGUCAAAACAGCCACGCGCAACACCUCUAUCAUGGGAUUUUUUCGAUCUACAGCCGAGGCGCGAAAAAUGAAUAGAACUCUUAUAAUCAUGGAUGAGGUUGAUGGCAUGUCUGCCGGAGAUCGAGGUGGUGUCGCUGAACUUGUCCAAUUAAUCAAGAAAACCCAG